AUGAAAUUCCUGGUGGACACAGGUGCGGCCAUCAGCGUGGUACCCCUUCAGAACGACCACACCGCUAAGCCCACCCUGAUCAAACUACGAGCAGCGAAUGGUUCCGCGAUAGACACAUACGGAGAAAGGACCCUUACUCUGAAUAUCGGCAUGCGACGCGAUUUCGCGGACAUUUACCGUGGCCGACGUGAAGGUACCCCUACACGUCAAGGCUCCACAGGAAUCAGCGUCGCAACAUGCCAUGGUCGCGAGUACUUAGAUCUCCUGACGCAGUUCACGGAUAUAACGCUGCCACUCCAAACGUUUUCAAAACCAACAUCUCCUUUCGUCGAGGAACUCCGCCACAAAAUGGCCCGGCUUAAAUAUGCAACUCCGCGACAGCAACCGGUGAAUUCGUACAUCCCUCAACACUUGCGAGAUUGCAAAUUCGUUCUUCGACGCACCGACAAGCACCUUACGAUCAAGCGCGCCAACUCGACCGACACCAUCGCAAUCGAUCGGACCAAGCCUGCUUUUCUGGAGAAGCGACAGUAUGACGCAAACCCGGCUCUGCGGCCCCUAAUGCUAUUCAGCGCACCCAACAGACGCAGCAGACGCAGCACCGCAGACAUCAAACGACACCCCAGCGACUCCUGUGCGGCAGACCCGAUCCGGUAG